UGUGGCAUUUGAAGCUCAUCUCCUUCUGAUUUUAACUAAAAAAAUCAACCACAAAAACAACACAAUAUCUUUCAAACUUGUCAUUUCUUCAAAAUUCAGAAAAAAUAUAAUAUCUGCUGAUCGAGGAAACCAAAACCACUUCUGGGUUCUUUUAAUCAAAUGAAGUAUUUUGUAAAUAAACCUCUGUUUAUAGCCCCCAACCCCAUUUCUGUACCAAAUGGAAGCCAAUGAUAAUUCUACUAAUAAGGACUUUUACAAGAUUUUAGAAGUUGAUUAUGAUGCAACUGAUGAGAAGAUCAGGUUAAAUUACCGAAGACUUGCACUGAAGUGGCAUCCUGAUAAGCACAAUGGUGAUAGCGCUGUUACAGAGAAAUUCCAAGAGAUAAACGAAGCCUAUAAAGUGUUGAGUGAUCCUGACAAACGCCUUGAAUAUGAUUUCACUGGGAUUUAUGAGAUUGAUAAGUAUACUUUGCGGGAAUAUCUUGCCAGAUUUAAAGGAAUGAUUCUUACCUGCAAUGGCCUUGGCAUUAGUCAGCCCUCUAUAUGGACACCACAACUGAAAGAAACCAAUGACUUUGCAGAUAUAUAAGGUCUGGUGAUAUUGUAAUCCAUGACAAUGUUUGUGCUAUAGACCUCGUAAUCUUUCUCUUAAUGAGUCGGAUCUCUGCAAUCGAAAAUUUCCAAUAUCAUUUGGAUACAAGAAUUACUGUGUGAAUUGAAGCAGGAAUAGAGAUGUUGAAGUUUGUACUAUGUUGCCGAGGCAGCUGAAGAUGGACCUGAGUAUGUUUGUACUGUUACAUACAAUAGCAAUCGAUAUCAGUAACUUGGUAAUGAUUUUUUUGAGACGAAAGCUCAUUUUAUGUGGCUGUGAGAAAUAUUGAGAUGUGAAUAUGUGAAAGAUCUUUUGAUGUUCCAAUUCUAUCCAAUCAUCUGUCGACUAAUCUUAUAAGUUAUGGUUUGUAUUUAGAGUAAAUUUGUGGCUGGUGAAUGGUUC